AUGAGGGCUGGAUGGUUGAUGUUGGGUUGGGCGGUUGGUGGUGGUGAUGGUGGUGGUGGUGAUGAUGGUGGUGGUGAUGAUGGUGGUGGUGAUGAUGGUGGUGGUGAUGGUGGUGGUGGUGAUGAUGGUGGUGAUGAUGGUGGUGGUAGAAUGCUGGGUGCGAGGGUGGUCGGGGCGUUUCUUGCGGCUAGGGCUUCGAGAUGCCGGGUUAUGGCGUUGAGACCGAUGAGGAUGUGCUGGCUGAUGUCGGGGGGUGGUGGUGGGGCAUCAGGGAGGGUUGUGGAUUCAUCCUUGGGGUCUGGAUUGGUGAUUUGUCGAAGUGCAGAUGCAGGUAUGCAGAGCGCCGGUGAUGGGUGUGGAAAUGGUGGUCUUCUUCUGACUAUCGAGUUCACUGCAGACCUACUUGCAAACCAGGUCGAGGAUGACGUCUUGUUCGUCUUGGUUGAUGUGCGGCCUAAUGCGCCCCGUUAG